AUGGCUAACAAGCGUCACAUUUCGCGAAUUUUGCAAGCAUGUCUCAAGUACGGCGAUACGGAGGUGCGAAGUGCCAUUUUCGAGAACGUCAAGAAAAAUUUUACGCUUAUCUCUCUCAACGCCCACAGUGCAAGGUUCUUCGUGAAGGUGUAUCACUACUGCAACACGGCGGCUAAGGAUUUCCUCCGUAAAUCGUUUUUUAACGACCACAACAAGAGUUUGCUUUUCUCCAGAUAUGGAUCUGAUGUCAUGGAUGUUAUGUAUCAAAAACUGAAGAAUAAGGAACAGCUUGCAGUUUUGAGGUUAUAUGCGCUUUCGAAUUUUUUUGUACUCGACAAGGACGCUAUGCGGAAAGUUGAGGCUACAGGGUCGAUCAACCAGUUUAUCAACAUUAUAGACCAGAGCGAGUCCCGGGCGAGCUGCGUGGAGACACUCAAAUCGUCGGUUAUUAAAAUGAUAGACAAGGCACAACUUACCGCAUCGAUCUCUCACGAUUUACUGUAUAUGUACUGGAAGCUUACUGAUAACAAGGAACAAUUGAUAGGUCAGCUUUACAAGGUGUUUGGCCAGCUACUCUCAACUCGCAACGGCAACACCAUCAUGUGCGAUUUGUUCGGCUAUGCUGACAAGAAGAUGCGUAAAGCUAUGCUCAAAGGCCUAAGGACAGAUUUUCCCGAGGCAGUUUACAACCAGAUUAACGUCUCUUUCUUAAUUAAAGCGAUCCUGUGCACGGACGACACGAAGCUGUCGAUUGACUGUCUGCUAAGACCAUUCCAGGACGAGCUACAAAAAUUAGUGUCACACCAAUACGGCCAUUUAUUCGUUAAGGCGAUACUGGAAGCCCCUAAGGAGGUGGAAUCUAAGACGAGCAUGAAGGACCCGGCUGUGCGACAAGCUGAGUUGCAGGCUUUCCUCCUCCCGUUGCUCAUUGAGCUAUUCGGGUCUAUCGAACUAAAGGAAGUGAUUGAAAACAAAUACGCCAGCCAAGUGCUCAUGGCCACAUUGAGGCUCUCCGGAGACGCCGAAAUCAUGCAAUCAAUAGUGGACGCAGUGCGUGCCGAUUGUGAAUUGUCGCUUUUGGACAACAUCGAUACUUUCCGAUUCAUUCAAACCUUGGUCAAAAAGCCAAGCGCACCAAUGGAAGUACUCUGUCCGUAUGGCGCUCUCUGGCCUGCGGUGAAACCCAAUGUCCAUCGCAUUAUCAGUCGCAAGUCUGUCUUCCUUUUGGUCGACAUACUAGAGGCGGCGAUCAGGAAUGGUGAUGAAACGGUUAUUGCCGACAUCAGGGAAACCAUUACUGUUUCUAAACUUGAAGAAACAUGUAAGGUUCUUGAGAAAAGAAACGAGAAACACGCCGGUUUGGAUGUUCUGAUUAAGCUAUUGAACAAAUGA